GCUGAACCGUUUCCUGCCCCUGUUGGUCCCGUUUCAGUAGAAACCAGUACGGAACCAGUGCUUCCAGUAAAGCCAGUAAGCCCAGCAGAGUGUCGGCGGGUCGCGGAGAGCGUGAGGAGGCGGGAGGUUCCGUGAAAUUACCGGAAUAAACGGCGGGAAAUGGCGAAGACGUACGACUAUCUGUUCAAACUGCUGCUGAUCGGAGACAGCGGCGUCGGUAAAACCUGCCUCCUGUUCCGGUUCAGUGAGGACGCGUUCAACACCACCUUCAUCUCCACCAUCGGAAUCGACUUUAAAAUCAGGACGAUCGAACUCGACGGCAAGAAAAUCAAACUUCAGAUCUGGGACACGGCGGGACAGGAGCGGUUCAGGACCAUCACAACAGCCUAUUACAGAGGAGCCAUGGGUAUCAUGCUGGUCUAUGACAUCACCAAUGAGAAGUCCUUCGACAACAUCAGGAACUGGAUCCGAAACAUCGAGGAGCAUGCGUCCUCAGAUGUGGAGAGGAUGAUUCUGGGAAACAAAUGCGACAUGAACGACAAGAGACAAGUGUCCAAGGAGCGAGGAGAGAAGUUGGCCAUAGAUUACGGGAUCAAGUUUCUGGAAACCAGCGCGAAGUCCAGCAUCAACGUGGAGGAGGCCUUUUUCACACUCGGCAGAGACAUCAUGAUGAGACUCAACAGAAAAAUGAACGACAACAACCCAUCAGGUGGAGGUGGUCCGGUGAAAAUCACAGAGUCUCGCUCUAAAAAGAGCUUCUUCAGGUGUACGCUGCUGUAGGCGGAGCCUCCGCUCAGAGGAAACAUGUUGAUGUAAUCUGCUCUCACUCCGUCCGAACUGCCUCUUCACCUCCCGCACGCCGCCUCCUUCGCCCGCUUCGGUUCUUACUCUGCCGUCGGCUCGGCGGACGAAGAGUCGGAGCCUUUACUCUGUGAACGUCUCAAAGAACGAAAGUGAAAGUGAUGAUGAUGAAGAGAUGAAGAGCAGAGUCUGGAGUCGUCUCGCUCUGUUUGCCGACGUCCUCGUGUUUUUAUGUUUUCUGUCCUCGUGUCGUCGUCUGCACUCAAAAAAACUCAAACGUUAAAGGAGCAACGCGUCGGAUUCGAAGGGAACAUUGAUUCAGUUAUUGAUCCUAAAUCAACAGUUAAUCAGGUGAUCAAUUCAUAAAUCUCAAUCAAAUAGAUGAAGUUUAUUUAAAUGACGUGACAGCAUCUCUGACCUCUGGCUUUCAAAGGUCAGAGGUCAAUUCAGUCACAAAGCUGUAAACGUUACAGCAGAGUCAAAAAUCAAUAAAACAAAGGCUGAUUGAUUGAUCCGAUCAGUGAAACUUUUAUUUUUAUUUCAUUAUUUAAAAGAAAAAUUAUAUAUUCAUUUAUCAAACACUGAAAUUUGCUCUUUGGUACAAACUUGUAUCAUGAAGAUAAAAGUCCAAACAGAUCUGACUCAGAUUCAUCGUCCUGCUGCUCAGGCCUUUAAUCAAGAAUCUGAGGAAACGUCUGUGACAGUGAAACGAACGUUCGUCAGCACAGAUCGAAGGUUCAGACCCGAACGGUCCACGUUCCUGUGUCCGAGUCCGGAAUCAGGAGCCGCUCAGGUUCAGACCGGAUUUUCUCUGGAGUCUGAAAAACUCCACGUUUUUACGCUUCUGUGAGUUUUUGUGUUUCGUCUCGUUUCUUUAAAACUUUUUACUUUUUUUUUCAACAUUAGAUUUAAUGAAGAAAAUCAAACGUAUGAAGAGUUCGUCUGCAGCUGCUCAGGCCAGACUCACGACUGACUCUGAACUUUUAUUAUCAGAAAUCAAUAACUGAUUAUUUUAAUAAUUAUUAGUUCAUAAAAUUAGGUAAUUACCAGAAUGAAUGAGUGAGUGAGUGAGUUCUAACUCUGAGGCACAGAAACAGAAUUUUGUUUCAUUUAAAUUCAAAUGUAAUGAAUCAGUUACUAUCAGCUUAUUGAUUAAGUGAUGACUGCGUUUAAACCCGAAUCCUGUCACAACCCAAGGUGUUCACAGGUGAGCAGGAUGAAGACUGGAGACAGAGACAAGUGUCCGUAUCAGACCUUUCAAUGUGAGUCCCGAAUUCACAUCAGACCUGGACGUCAGCAGGGACGUGGUCUGUCCAACACGUGAGAAGGUUUCCUCCGUCGGAACAAACGUUCUUCAGUACGUGAGCAGCUGCAGAGGAAGAACAGGGUCAACAUGUGGCAUCGUUUACAGACGCACUGCAGCAGUAUUAUUAUUAUUAUUAUUACUACUAUGAAGGUGCUUUAACAAACUCAACUUUAGGUCACAGAAAUCAAUCAACCUGAUCAAUUCUGACAGGAAAAACAAUUGAUCUUUCAGUUUAUAUCUUUGUCUUUCAUUAACAUGUCGUCAGUGUUUCUGCCUCCUGACAGAUCCAUCAAUGGAUCCAUCAGUGGAUCCACUGAUGGAUCAGGACACGUCGGCAGCUGCUUUUCUCCUCUUGAUGUUUGACACAGAAUGCUUCUAAGAUCAUUGAUUUGUCAAAGACUUUUGAACAUGUGAUGAAGCAGCGAAGUUACGAUCAUCAGCUGAUCGAUAUCAGUGAAGCCGUGAUCAUUGGCCUCUUUCUUAUUUCACUGAUUCUUUUCUGUUUUGUUGUCAAACUUUGUUUCUGUCUGGUUUGUAAAUUCUGUGGAAACUUUUAUAGAUCUCUUUUUUCAGCACUUUGUAACGUUGCUAAAACAUUUCUAUGCAAAAAUAUAAUUUUGUUUUGUUUUUGUUACGGAGUUUUUUUUCUGAAGUCUGAUGUUUGACUUAAAACUUGAUUUCCAAUCAACAUGUUUCAUUUUCUGUUCAGCAGGUUUCAAAUAUAGAGAAUAACGAUUCUGCUGAUUAACACACGUCAGAAGUUUUUCCAUCAGACGUAAACAGAGAGAUGUUUGUGUUUAUCAGCAGAAUCAGACACAGACUGACAGGAAACGCUGGACAAGCAGGAAAAUAAAAGUCAAUGAAAACAGAUGAAGGAUUUGAUGAGGAGCUGGAUGUUUACAUGAUUUUUUUCUGCUGUGAGUCUGAUGGAUGGAGAUGUUUAAUCGAAGCUGAUUUUCAUGAGAAAAACUUUCUGUGGAAAAAUCUUGUUUCACAUUUUCGGAGAAUGAUCCGAACGGACAGAGGCUCUUAUUGUGAAAUGAAAUCAGAGAAUGUUUCUGAUGAUCGGGUUGAUCAGUUUUCAUGGGGAAGGGAUCGCUCUGAUCAUUGUAACGCUGCAGUGAUCUUUGACCUCUCGUCCUUAAGCCUCCACCUCAGUUUUCCAUUUCCUGCUCCGUGAUGUCUGGAGCGUCACUGCAGCUGAUCAAUCAAUAAAAUACUUUU